UUGAUUAAAAGAAACAUUUCUUGGGUUUGUCAGUCCCCAAAAGAAACACACAGCAUAAAUCAAACUAUCCAUAUAAUAUUUCUACAUAGUUUGAGCAUAGUACUUCAGAUUUGUUUAAUAUAUUUAUGAUACCCUCAUGGUGGCCAUGGGUAACCUCAUGUGGUAGUGCUUUGGAAAAUGGUCGGUAAUGAUGUGAUAUUAGCAGUCAUUUAGGUAAACAUUUUAAGCUAACGUUAGCUUGUUUGGGUUCGACAGAUUUAACGUUUAUUAUCAGCUUGAAACGAAAAAGGUCAAAUAUCGUCCAUUAUAAAUGGCAAUUUCCACAUUUUUAGCAUUCUAAAUCAAAUACGUUGUAUACGUGGAAGUAAUAUAAGAUUAAUUUAAGAUUUUGUAGUGAAUACGAAAUUAAACUUUGAGGUAUUUCAGUGAGUAGAAGUGACUUAACUUACCUCCUUUCUCCGGCUUAUCGAGCCCUCGGAGCUCGACUGCUGAAGUCUGUUUUGGGAGUCGCGGGAAAUUAGAACUAAAUCGAUACCCGUUUGAUCGAACAUCAAAAUAAACUUAUCAGGGGGAAACCAGCGAAGUCGGUGGCCGAGUGAAAAGGAUGGAGAGCAAUGUGGAGGAGCACCUGAGGACUACACUGCACUACGAUGACAAGGAGAAGCUUCGUAGGAAGUUGGCACAGUUACAAAGGGAAUAUCUCAGAACAGCCCAGAGAUUGCAGCGUGCUGAGCAUUUGGAAACAGUGCGUAGACAUGUGAGGAGCAGGAUCACGCAGCAGAACCAGCUGGACCAAAGAGACCCAGAGGUGACAUUUAACACAUGUCCCAACCCAUCUUCGUUGGCACUGAACACCGCCAAUGCAACAGCCCAAGGUGUACUUCAGCGCCAGGGACACGUUGAAAGUCCAGCACAUUCUGAUAACCUCAGGAGGAGCCAGGUGAUCAGGUUCCUGCUCCCCUCUGAUGCCGCUUGCCCACAAACCCCAGAUCCCAGCCAUGAUGCAGCAAGAGAUCACAGACCCAGUCCUGCACUGCGCCUCAGGUCUCGGCGCAGCCGAUUGCGCUGGGAAAGGAGGAGUGCUGAGGCUGGCACAAUCACGGACAACAGUCAGGAUGGACAUGAGCAGAGGGAAAGGAUGGAGGGUGCUAUAACGGAAGGAGAGGAGGAGAAAAUCAAGUCUGAAGGAACAGAGGUUGUGAAUGAAAGUGAAGAGCUUUUUUCUGCUUCAGAGUCCGAGUCUCCCUCUCUGCUGCUUCCACACUGGAAUGCACAUGGGCACACUGAAACAGGAGAUAUGGAGGGAAAGAAGAUGCAAGGAUAUCAAGAACAAAGGGAAAAAGAGAGUCAGUCGAGAGCUGAAGGGAAAAAAGAAUCAGAGUUGACCUCUUUGCUGGUCAAAUGUUGGAACUCUGCUAUACACACUGAGGAAAGUGGACAAGAUUGCACACCGAUUGGCAGAGAGGAGAUAGAGGGAGGAAACGAUGGUGAGAAUAGUAGAGGACAGAGCGAAAUAACGCUUUUUAAAGAGAACAGUAAUAAAGACAUGGAACAAAAUGCAGAAGAGAAAAUAGAAAAUGAAAAAGGGCAUGAUAAUACCAUGGAAAUAAAAGAAGAAAAGAGUGGGAUUGAAGGAGAUGGAAAGAGUGUGGGCCUCCUGGACUCCUGUACCCUAGUGGAGGGACUGCUUUUCCCAGCGGAGUACUACGUUCGAACCACAAGGCGUAUGACAUUUUCUCAGAGUCAGCCUGACAUGCAGGCCGUCAUACUCUCCCAGCUGAGCACAGGACGACAUCGCCGGAGCCGGGGCCGUGGCCGUGGCAGAGGAUCGAACAGGCACACAUACGCCAAUGAAUGUUCAGAUCAACACACUCAGGCAGAUUUCUCCUCUCUGACAACUGCAUCUGUAGAUCCUCAUGAAACAUCUCAUGUGCAGACUGUUGAUACAUCUGCGGAGCUUACUGGCCACAGUCAGAGCUCAAGCGAGAUUUCAGAUAAAAUGUCUGCCAGUCAGACCAAUACGGACGCUUUUUUAUCCCCUGCAGUUAGCACUUCUCGUCCGGGAAGAGGCAGGAAGAGAAAAAGAGGCAGAGGCAGGGGCAGAGGAAGAACUCAGACCCCACGAUCCACUCUUAGUUCAGACACCCAUCAAACAGUCUUUGAACAAACCUCACAGGAUCCCCAGCCCACCAGCACCUCGGUCUCUUCCUCCCCAUCUCUCCAUGAAGUUGAUGGACCGAAUCUUUGUCUCACUCCUGGGGAACCUGUUCUUGUGCCAGAUGACCCCCAGCCUGUGUCCACCCACAGCAAAGCUACCCAGCCUUCCUCUGGGGUUAAUGGAUCUCAGUACAGCCCUGCCUCCGGACAUCCGGAGAUGGUUUAUCCCAUCUUUCUGAAGAACAGUGGCAGGACAAACAGAUCCAAACAGAUGAGCAAAAGUACAUCGAGCUGGCGAUCUCUCCUCUUGCCGUCCUCUCCAACUGCCCAAACUUCUCUUCUUCCUCUCCUGUCUCUGUCCCCUGGCUCGCUGGUCAACAACCUGAUGAAUUUUGACCUCCACCAAGAUUUUCAUCUCCCCGAUGACCAGUUUGCCUCCCUGAAGCUACACAAGCUUCACCAAGUCGCUGUGGAAUCAGGAGUUGAACAUUUCGCAUCUCCCUCUUAUAAUACUCGUAGUAGCAUCCGCCACUCUCACCCUCGUUACAGCACCAGUGACCCAGUGAUGCCCCUUCCUCUCCCACUCAGCCUCACGCCUACGAUAGCAAAUUCACAGCAGCCAACGGCAGAAAAGCAGGCCGCUACACAGUCUGUAGAAGUCCAAAACUUAUCGGCAGACCACGAGCUUGCAAGCCAGUCCUUAGCUGAAGAGCCAUCCAACCGAGAUAUUACGGAAACCCCUGAGGAGCAGCAGACUGAAAACCUCCAUGCAGAGACUCUCACCAGCUCAACCGAAUCUGUGUCAGUGGUUCGAGAGCCGCCUGCUGACUGUGUGGCUCAAAAUAAAGAGCAAGAUACUUUGAUUCUGAAUACUCAUAGCCAGGGUAGCAUCUCAGCCAACAACACGCACAGAUCUAUAGACCACUGUGUCAAACCUCAGCCUCACAUGAAUUUUGCCGACAGACCUUCAGGUGAAGUGAAUGACUAUGUCGUUGGGCGGUCGAAUGAACUUAAAAAGCAGCCUGCAUCAGAGAAACACACAGAUUGUGCUGGUGAAUUCUAUCCUUUGGAGGAUCAGAGGCCUGGAAACCACCAAAGGGAGGACAAAGCUGUCAUUAAGACUCUUUCCUUUGAUUGCUCUGUACAGGAAACACCUGAGGAGCCUUCUAACAGCUGCACUGCUGUACAGACAUGGACUGACUGUGACGCUCCAGGAGAGUCUCAUGUGAAGCAUGUGAAUGUGAAAUCUCCUACCAAAGAUUCGAAGGAAUCCUCUGAACCCACCACACGUCCUCCCAGGGACAGAUUAGUGGAACAGAAAGAUCAGAACAAGUGUUCGCCGCACCACAGUGUCCACUCUCAGCUCCUAUCAAGCCCUCCUCCGGCCUCAGCACCCUGCCCCUUCAUAACCCCACACCUGCCCUCCUCAGUUCUACCCUCCAGCCCCAUGCUACCCACCCUAGGACUCACCCCCCACCCUGUUGCCACCGGCUUCCCCCAGACCUGUUCUCCCUCUGCCCCAGCUCUCACCCUGCCUCCUCCUCACAGCCCAACAACCCAGGCCCUCUCUCCUCCGGCUCUCUCCCCCUGUCUGUCCAUCACUUCCCUCCCUCCCAGCCAGCCUCUAGUCUCCCCCUCCAAUCAGGACCAGGCUUCAUCAGAACCGUCAGAUAGAGCUGAUCAGUGUCACAGGGUUGAACCGGCCACCUGUCCAACUGCAUCCAGCAUCCACUCGCAGGGCACAGGUGGCCAGGGGGUACCGAGAACAGAGCAACACGUGAUGAGAUGCACACACACAUUGAAGGCCCCAGCAGGAGGCUGUCUGGUGGACACGUGCUGUUUGCCUGGACCCUCAGGCGGUUUGUGUGUAGCAGCGGCGGGAAAAUGGGCAGUGUGUCUGUGGAGUCAGACUCCAGCAUCCGAUUGGAGCUUAAUACACACCUGGACCUUCAAUGACCCGGUGAUCAAUGUGUUUCCUGUCCCGGAUGCUGCUGGGCUGGUGUUUGUGACUCUGGGUCAGCUGGAAAUCAGAGAAGUGAGGAUGCUGUCGUGCUCCAGCCUCAUGCAAGUGCUGCUAUGUGAGGGGGUUGUCCAGGCUGUUGUAGGCGUGUCCAGGUCCAGAGUGGUUACCUCCUCCCACUCAGCCACAGGUUCAAACCUGCAGGUGUUUAAAAUGUCAGACAACAGCAGCAAGCCGAGCUCUCAGCCCCUUGCGUCUCCUGGUGUUUGUGUCGGGGCCCUCGCUCCAGUGGACGGACUUUCUGAUGCUCUGAUUGGCACAGAUGAGGGUGGACGUGUCUUUGUCUGGAAUUUGAAGACUGGGCAGCUGCUGCGUAGAAUCGUCCUCGGAGAUGGUUUAUCAAACACGGCCUGUCUCAGAGGAUACUCCUACCGUGGAGUGUUAUUUGUCCUGCUGCAGCAUCAGUUGCUCAGCUCCCUGGAGGAGGAAGAAGAAGAAAAAGAGGCCAAAGCGAAAGAUGAAAUAUUUUCAGAGGAGGAGAAGGAAGAGGAAAGGAAGAAGACCGCCUUGUUUUCCUUGGUCGCCGUUAACCCUCUAAGUAGCAAAUCUGUCCUGGCUACUCGACUGUAUCCUCCCAAAGCCUGGUCUGGCAGACUGUGUGAAGCCGAUGUCAACAGCUCCAGCGUGGUCGGCCUGAGUCAGAGCGGCUGUGUGUGUGUCUGGGAGCUCGGGCGUUGGGGGGCCUCGAGGAUGGUGUGGGCUCCUGAGAGCGAGGGCUGGCAGCUGGCUCGCUGGGGGGGACGAGACAUGCUGGUGACUGGCCACCACAACGGAGAUGUUACUUUACACUGCUACAGUACGAGUCUGACUUCGCUCUGCCGCUAAAAUAUAGACUCAGAUUACUUUUAUCAAACAUAAAGGUUUUUCUGUCACUGUAUGAAUGUUUACAUAAAGAUUUUAACAUGGCUUCAGUUUAGAGACACCUUUUUAAAAUUUUAACAUCUGUUCAUUCUGCCUGAUCCUGAAUACAUUGUGAAGAGGUUCCGCGGCUUCCCUUGCUGACAUUUCAGUGUGACGAAAUUCAACUUUCAGUUACAGGAUUGUCCCUAGGCCACAGACUCGCUAAAAUGUUGGGAUUAAUAAAACGUAGACUAAAUAUAUCCCAUAAUUCAGUGGCCCACUGGUAAAGCCUCAUUCAGGAAACAAUACCUUAGCAAGACUCAACUGUUAAAGGUGGAGUGUUGCGACAUCUGCUUGUUUUCCUCCAACCUUUGGAUAUGUUGUUUUUAGAACACCGGUAUCACACACUUAAUAUCUCUUCACUGAACCUCGUUGUGUGACCAUGUCUACUUGAUGGGGAAUUUUCACUUUUUAAGACCACUGUAACCCCAUUCUGAAAACCAGCUGUGUGUUUUAUUACCUUUGCUGUUUUGACUGUUCUUUGCUUACUUGACGACAUGUUGUUAUAUUUGUUAUAUUUAAAGAAA